UCGAACGUGUGAGCUGCUCGAAAAAAACAAAGACAGAUCAAAGAAUCGGAGGUGUACAUACUAUAUAGUGCAGCUAUACUAAAUAUAACUUAGAAAUCAAUUUCUUUCUAUUGCUUUCUGUGAAUCAGACAAAAUGGAAAGUUUCUGGCAGGAAUUGAAAUCGCUGCUGAAGACCCUGCUCUGCUUUGUGAUCGCUGUGAUGCUAGUGCCUAUAUUGCUGUUAUCGUUCCUCUGCGCUCACUUUACCAACGAACUAUCCAAUUAUGUACUGAGCAUCAAGUACCCGAAUCUCACUAUCUCAAAGUCCAAGAAGAUCCGGACUUUAAUCGACACGCCGAAGAACGCGGGUGUAUUUCACUUUCUGCUCCAAGUGGAGGGAAAUUGCGACUUCGAGAGGAUCAAGAUGUCCUAUUCCCAAAAUCUGACUGAUCUGAGGGAUAAGACUGGGUUGCUGAGGUUUCCCAAACUGCGUCAGAAACUCGUCACUUGUUGGGGGCAUUAUGCGUGGGUAAAUGAUAGUAGUGGCUUCAAUAUCAACAAUCACGUCCUACUGAGCACCCACAAAUACCGAGGACGCCCAGUCAACGAAUCGAAUAUUCAGGAUUAUGUCAGUGAACUGGCCACCAAGUAUAUUCCCUCGGAUCUUCCCCAGUGGCAGGUUAUUGUGAUCCCAAACUCCGAUACCUCUCAACCCUAUUAUAUUCUCAUCAAAUUGCAUCACCUGAUAAUUGCUGAGGAGGAGGAUCUGCAUGUGAGUGAGAUGCUGCUGCUCCAGGAGCCGCAAAAGAAAACCUUAAUGACUCUAAACGACGGAUUGGGUCAGAGUUCCAAUCAACAACUGUCUCACUUUGUACGAAAACCCGAACACAUCAGCCGACUGAUAAAUCACAUAAUUCAUUUGGUCAUCUGCCGCUGGCAGAAAUUCAUCUACGAAUUUGAAUCUCUGGAAACUCCCGAUGGCUCUUCGUCUAGUGUGCAAGUGAGAAACCUCAGUCAGUUGGCUUCCUUGGUGGUAAUUGUCCUGGUAAACGUGAUUUUGGGUUACAUUCGUAGUCGUUCCAUGCUCAAGAAACUCAAAAGGCGUUCGGUAAGCUAUCGAAAUGAAGUCGGUCGUUUUCAAACAAUACGAUUGCUUUUAAAUCGUGAACUAGAACAGAGGAAUCUCAGUUGGUGGGUGGCCAGAAAUGCCAUCUAUAACAGUUUGCAGCCAACCAAUUUGGCCAAGGUGUGGACCCGAUUCCUUUGGCGCCUAAAUCUAAAUCAUGUUUUACUCUUACCCUACCACGUUUACUGUGAAUUUUUCGCUUUCGGCGAUGUCUUGAUUAAGGGACAUACUUCCUAUACUUCAACCUAUUGUGCCAGACUUCAUUUAUACGUACCCCUCUUGCUUUACGCCCAAUUGGAGUUUUUCAAAAUUCUCUGGGAGCUUUUCCAGGCUCCAAGGAACAUUUACGAAGUCCUUAUUGAGCAGCCCACAAAGGAGUUGAAUAUUCUGCAUAAAAAAUCAUAUGCAGGCAGAAAAAUUGUCUCCUUUGGAAGAUCAUUAAGUGGCGUUCAACUUAGGACUCGAAACCAGGGUAAAUUUAGCAACGAUCUCAGAGAAUCCGAUUUCAGUUUAACCUGCCUAGCAGGAGCUGUUCACGAUUAUUUCGAAACAUUUUCAGGAGAUCUAAAAGUCCCCAAUUUCUUAAACACCACUUGCAGAACCAUUGAUAAAGGAUACUUUACAGAUCGCAGUGGGGAUAAAACUGAAAAUAUCGGCGGGGUUGUGUUUCUGCAGUUGCCAUUAAGAAAGCCCGACGCAGACCAUGCCAAGGAACUUCAUCAGAUAGUUGAAAGAAUCAGAAAGCAACAGAUUAUGAUAUAUCUAGCAUCGAUUGGACAAACGAAACACAGUCUUCUUACUUGCCUUCUACCUCAUGUAAUCACGAAAAUCUUUAUAAACUUUUUCUCGUACAACUUCCCCAUCACAAUUACUGAGAUUUAUGGAGCCACUGACGAGUUUCAAUCUGCCUGGGGUCAGAAAGUGCAGGAUGUCCUACUAUUCCGUCCUCCGCAGUCAAAGACCUGUCUUUCCUUAAAUCUGCAUCGCUUUGGGGACAAAUAUAGAUUGGCUGUAAUGGCGGAUACACAUUUGGCACCGGAUCACACAAUAAUCACGAGAUCCUUUGAACGAUAUAUGGAAACAGUUACUCUUUAAAAAAACAUCUUUAUUUUUUGGGAAAAGAAAUCUACAUGAAUAAUGUGUACGAAAUAAAAUUUAUUUAUCCAGCGGGUUUGCUUAAAAAA